AUGAAGAGUAUUUAUUUUUAUAAACAUUUGGUGACACCCCAGGUCUUUUUCCAAUCUAAAUACACAUAUGCCUUAGUCAACUUAAGACCUUUAGUACCUGGUCAUGUUUUACUAGUUCCUCUUCGAACAUCAGCAUAUCGUCUCGCUGACUUGACCCCCGAGGAAUCAGCAGAUUACAUGCUAUCAUUACAAUUGAUUCACAGGUUUAUAAUGCACGCGUACAAAGCCGAUUCACUCAAUAUUCUGAUCCAAGAUGGACCAGAAUCAGGCCAAUCUGUUCCUCAUCUCCACACUCAUAUUAUCCCACGGUAUCGUAACGAUAUGGAAGACGCACAGUUCUAUCAAGGGUUAGAGAAAUGGGAUGCCGAAACCGACUUCAAUCGCCGGAAGCUGGCUUUCCAUAACGGGUCAAGUUUCUCGGUGAAUGAAGAUAAGAGAGAGCCUCGGUCGAUGGAGGUUAUGGAGAAGGAAGCUGAAUGGCUUUCUGAAGAAUUGACAAGAUUCAAAGAUAAGAUAGUAUAG